CGUCUUCUCCGCCUUGUUUAUUUCCCACCAAACAAAACCGCACCUGCGUUGCGGUCUCCAGACCUCGCGGCGACCGCGCCUCCACGUCACGUGCGCCGCCGCCCGCCGGAGCCUAGCAGCCGGAGCACUGAUGGCGGCGGCCCCAGCGGCGCACGCCUACCGCGCUACGGCUUCGGACUCUAGGUUUAUUGUACAACCAACUUACAUGUGUAAUGGAACUCAGAUCAUUGCAGGCCUAACAGGUGCUCUGAGAGCAGCGUCUAGAGGAUCAUGUUCUCCUUUCUGCUAUUUCCAAGCAUCAGUACAUAAUGGACUUCUUAACAGAAGGAAAAAUCUUUUCUCUCUGAGAUGCUCUUUUCACUCCUUGCAAGCAAGAAAUAACCAUUCAUCGGCUGUUGCACCUAAGGACUAUUGUGAAACAUACAUCCAAUUUUUAAGAGACAAACGGAUAGUGCCUGAUUCAGAUCCUCCAAGCUCUAAGGAUGUGGACCUACUGUAUCAAUUUAUUGAUAAAAGUAAAAGGCUCAUGGUGUUAACUGGAGCAGGAAUGAGCACUGAGUCAGGAAUUCCUGAUUACAGGAGUCCUAACGGGGCGUACAGUACUGGUUUUAAACCACUUACUCAUCAGGAGUUUGUUCGCUCUAUUCGAGCCCGAAGGCGGUAUUGGGCUAGGAGCUAUGCUGGAUGGAGGAGGUUCACGAAAGCACAACCAAAUACAGCCCAUUAUUCCCUUGCAUCUCUAGAAAGAAUUGGUCGUGUUCACUCAAUGGUUACCCAAAAUGUGGAUAGGUUGCAUCAUCGUGCCGGAAGUAAGCCACUUGAGUUGCAUGGAAGUGUAUAUGAGGUAAUUUGUUUAGAAUGUGGUACAUCCAUUAUCCGAGAGUCAUUCCAGGAGCAAGUGAAGUACCUCAACCCAAAGUGGGCUCAAGCUAUUGACAGUUUGGAAGUGGGGCAACCAGGUUCAAACAAAAGUUUUGGAAUACAGCAGCGACCUGAUGGUGAUAUUGAGAUUGAUGAGAAGUUCUGGGAGCAAGAUCUUGAUAUUCCUAGUUGCAAUCAAUGUGGUGGAGUGCUAAAACCUGAUGUUGUGAUGUUUGGUGAUAAUGUUCCUCAAGAGAGAGCUGAUAGCGCUAAGGAGGCUGCAAGAAAUUGCGAUGCUCUUCUGGUGGUUGGUUCAGCACUAAUGACAAUGUCUGCUUUUAGGCUCGCAAGGCUUGCACACGAAGCAAACGCUCCAAUAGCCGCGGUUAGCAUUGGGGAGACGAGGGCUGAUAGUAUUUUAUCGUUGAAAAUCAAUGCGAGAUGUGGGGAGAUAUUGCCCAGAAUACUUCAGAUGGGAAGUCUGGCCAUACCGAAUGUAAGUUGAGUAUGUGCUGCCGAAGUGUCAAGGCGUCUUCUGUGGCAAUCACAGUCUCUCGUAAGAACAAUCUUAGGAGAGCUCUGUUAGCAGUGAAGAAGACAAGGUGAACCAUAUAAUAGGCGAGGCAAGCAGUGGCGGAUCUAGAAAAAUUCUCAUAGAUGUGCUCAUUCCACACUAGCUGCAUACAAUUGUAAUUUCUAGUACAACAUAUGUACUACAUCACAAGUCUAAUGAAAUUAAGGUUAAAAUUAAGCGAAUUGCAAUACAA